ACUGUCAGUCAUUUUGUGCAAAAUUUGUGAUGAGUGUCAGUGUGAUAGUGUAGAAAACACGUUAUCAUUAUUUUUAUAAUGUUUUUUUCACCGAUUUAAACCCAAAUACUAUAAUUUGUUACUAAUUUCUUAGUGUUAGUGUUCCUAUUUAAGAUUUAGUAUAAAGUAAGAAUGUGGUCAUCUCAACCUGUUAAUAAUGGUACUCAAAACAAUAAAGAAAAUGUUACACAAAAAAAUGACACUAAAAUACCUACCCUGGGUAUGACCUCAGCUAUAUCCACAGCUCCCCCUAAACCAUCUGAUCUUUUAAAGACCCAGGAAUUAGAAGAAGCGCUAAAACCAUUCGGUGUUUUCGAAAGCGAACAAGAGCUGAACCAUCGAAUGGUUAUUUUAGGUAAAUUGUACUCUUUAGUUAAGCAGUGGAUCAAAGAUGUAUCAAUCUCGAAAAACAUGCCAGAAUCUGUGGCUGAAAAUGUGGGCGGGAAAAUAUACACCUUUGGCAGUUAUAGAUUAGGGGUUCAUAACAGGGGAGCUGACAUUGACGCACUUUGUGUAGCACCAAGACAUAUUUCUAGAAACGAUUUUUUUGGUUCGUUUUACGAAUUGCUUAAAAAACAACCAGAAGUCACUGAUUUAAGGGCCGUUGAAGAAGCCUUUGUUCCAGUAAUUAAAAUGAAUUUUGAUGGCAUAGAGAUAGAUAUGUUGUUCGCUAGAUUACUGCUUAAAGAAAUCCCGGACUCGAUGGACCUCCGGGACGAUCUUCUGUUGAAGAACUUGGACCAGAAAUGUGUUCGAAGCUUGAACGGUUGCAGAGUAACCGACGAAAUUCUGCGUCUCGUCCCCAAUGUAGAUAAUUUUAGAUUAGCGCUUAGGGCGAUUAAAUUAUGGGCCAAAAGACAUGGGAUUUAUAGUAACGCUUUGGGAUAUCUUGGUGGCGUUUCGUGGGCGAUGCUCGUGGCGCGAACUUGUCAAUUGUAUCCAAAUGCAGCUCCUGCGACUCUAGUUCAUAAAUUUUUUCUUGUCUUUUCUCAGUGGAAAUGGCCUCAGCCAGUAUUACUCAAGCAGCCUUCAAAUGUCAAUCUUGGGUUUGCCGUGUGGGAUCCACGGGUAAAUAUUCAAGACAGAUAUCAUUUGAUGCCAAUCAUAACCCCAGCCUACCCACAACAAAACUCGACAUUCAAUGUAUCAGGAUCGACGCGACAGAUAAUAAUGGAGGAAUUUAAAUUGGGUCUACAACUUACGGACGAUAUAAUGUUGAGCAAACAAACGUGGGAUAAACUUUUCGAACCACCGUUAUUUUUUAUGAAGUAUAAGCAUUUUAUUGUUUUAUUAGUUAGUGCUGAAUCGCCUGAAGAUCAUUUGGAAUGGUGUGGUUUAGUGGAGAGUAAAUUCCGAUUGCUUAUAGGAACAUUGGAGAGGAAUCAGCACAUUACACUGGCACACAUAAACCCGGAAAGUUUCAGUCUCUUGGAAUCGCAACGCGAAUCAAAUACGCAUUGCUCCAUGUGGUUCAUAGGUUUAGAAUUUGCGAAAUCAGAAAAUCUAAACGUAAACCUUACAUUCGACAUUCAACAAUUCACCGAAACUGUCCAAAAUCACGCUUUAAACAUCAGUAUGCUCAAAGAGGGCAUGAAACUUGAAGCGCGUCAUGUCAAAAGAAAACAACUCUACCAGUAUCUAUCGCCCAGUUUAUUGAAACGCGAACGCAAAACGAGCAUCACCGUCAAAUCGCAGUCCAAUGGAACGGACAGCAAAAAGCGCCUCUCAGACCCCGGAAACAGCGACAGCGAUAAUCCCAAUAAGAAAAUUCGAUUAUCUGAGGAAAUGCAUUCGACGUACGACGACAGUUCGAAUAAUUCAACAAGCUUGAAUUGCAACGAGGACUCAAACAGCAACAUUAGCCUAACGGAGGAAGCUCAUAGCGUGUCACAAAGCGCCCCCUCACACACAUCCAGUACGCCAUCAACACAGGAAGCUGUCUGUACCUGAUCCCCAUAACGUGCAUUAGCAGCAGCCAUUGAUUGUGUACAUAAAACUUUAUUUUUAGGUCGAGCCACGUACUACGUAGACCACUCUCGAUCACGUACGUAUAAAUAGUUAACAGAAAUCAAUGAUGGUAAAAUAUUAUCGCAAACGUGCAAUGUUCGUAUUUUAGCUUUUGUGUAUGUGUGGUUAGCGUGAAUGUGUUUUGCAAUGUGUCUGUAAAUAAAUUGAUAAAUAAAAAAAAACACGGAAAAAAAUUUACUUUAUUCGUAGUUGGUUAUUUUUUGCGGUAAUAUUUUACGCUGUUUUGUAACAAAUGGUUUCGAAAAGAAUUUUAAGCAGUUUUUAUUUGUUUUAUUUUUGAUAACAGAAGCUCAUAUUUUGGCGGAACGUAUUGUAUUAUUUUACAUUAAUAUUAAUUAAUUGUAGAAGUGUUUCAGUUUAAUUAUUUUGUCGGUAAAAUUAUUGAUUCUUUACCAAAUUCUUUUAUAAAAUUAGGGGGUUUGUAAUGCUGUUUAAAGUUCUUUCAAGGAGGAUGUCUUAAUUUAGGAAUUACUGUUGCAAGUAUGAAACCCGACAUGUAAACAAUAAAAAAUAAAGAAGCAUUUCCCCUCAA